AUGCGUAAUGGCAUCAUUAGACAUAUUUCACGCUUGCAAAAUGCAUGCAUCCCUACCGAUGCUAAAUCACCCAUAUUUCUGCCAAGCAGAGGUGAUAUUACGAGACUAGUUCUCACCAAUAUCCACCACAAACACUUCCACUGUGGAAAAGACCAAACGUUAUCUCUUGUAAGGCAGAGAUACUGGUUACCCCGGGCAUCUGGCUCAUUUAAGACCUACUUGCGAGACUGCGCGGUCUGUAAAAGAUGGCAGGGACUGCCAUUCGGCUCCCCAAAUAUGCCACCUCUACCUACAGAUAGAGUGGUGAUUACAAAACCAUUCCGCAAUAUUGGUUGUGACUUUAUUGGUCCAUUUUUCACGAAAUCGGACGAAAACAUGUACAUUUGCUUGUACACCUGUUUAACAACUAGGGCAGUCCAUCUAGAAGUAGUGGAGAAUAUGUCAGCUGGAGCCUUCCUAAACAGCUUCAUUCGUUUUGUGUCAAGAAGAGGCGUCCCUCAUAUAGUUCGAUCAGAUUAUGGUGCUAAUUUUCGACUUUUCUCAAAAAUCAUAAUCGAACUUUCACAACCUGCUGACUCAACAGGAUGCUCAGUAAUGAGCUAUGCGGUUUCCCUUACAAGUAGCCGUCUGGCACGAGAGAGCUUCCGAUCGUCGACCUCGAGAGAGAUCUCCGCUGCAACGACUGGCCUUCCAGCCUGCGCUCCGUCGCCCCUUGAUCUCCUUUCGGAUCGUCACCUCCCUAACGCCUCCGCUGUAGAUAUUCGACUGGAUGAUCUCGAAGUCAGUAUUGGAGCCUAA